GUGCCCUCCCAAUGAUGAAGUGAGCGUCCGUGAGUUCGAGGACUUCACUGUGAAUCGCCUCAAGCUCCUCCACACCAUCGACAAGUUCUGCCGCCGUGUGAGUGGCAGUGGUGAGUUUCGGCUGGAGAACAUGGGCGAGUUACAGCCGCAGCUGGCGCGUGAUCUGCGCGAUUGCGGCCUGAGUUUAGGCUAUCCGAAGCCUGACCGGGUGCAAGGAUUCCUGAUUGAGAAGGCUGAGUUUCAGAGCAGGGACUCCAUUUCUCACUUCGCUUUGCGCCUAGCCUUCUGCAAAACGAACGAGGCCAAGGAAUGGCUGCUGAAGCAGGAGCAGCGCUUGUUCGUCCUUCGCUUUGAGGCCUUGAACACGGACGCCAAGGAGGCGUUCUUGGAGUCUGCCGGCCUCCAAGUGCAGAGGUUCGAGGAACAGCGAGAUGGGCCCGGGCCGUCCUUGUCCAUGCUGCAGAAAUGCACGGCUGGUGCCAAGACCUGGCGAGAUGGGCGCCCGGAAUUCGAGCGCAACUUCUACGAGAUGCCAUUCACCCAGGUUCCUCCCGCGUUCAUCGCGGGGAGACGUGUGGUACUGAAGAAGGGCAAGGCCUUUGUUCCGGCCAGCUCCUUGAAGCUGAUCGUGGCGAAGAAGUUCAAGGACCUCCUGUCCGCAAGCCUGGAAGUUGCCUUUCAAGGCGUCCACAUAGCUCUGGGGGAUCCGCGAAUAGGCCCAUUCAUUCGACAGCUCCAGGAGAUGGGCAUGCAGCUGGUGAUGCCCAUGCGAAACACCUCGACGGAGGACCAGGGCGAGAAGCUGUCCCUUCAAAACUUCGAAGGGCUGCUCACUC